UUACAUCUGAGAACGUUUUACGUCCGCGUGGACAUGGAUCAAACUAGUGAAGGAACCUCUACUCUGGGUUCUUCUACUACUACUACUAGUACUAGUACUAGUAGUAGUAGUAGUACUAGUACUAGUAGUAGGCCUACUACGCUCAGCGACCACAUGAUAAACAGUGCCGAAAAGAAGGAACCAGCGAUUGAUGCCAUUGAUGAUGCUGAGGAGUGUCCUGUCUGCCUGCAGACAUGCAUCCAGCCUGUACGUCUGCCAUGCAACCACGUCUUCUGCUUCCUCUGCGUGAAGGGUGCGGCGAACCUUAGCAAACGUUGCGCCCUAUGCCGGCAGGUGAUACCGAACGACUACCUGCUCAACCCGGAGCUGCUUGACCCCCACGACCUCGUACCACCGAAGCCCGCGCCCGCGGUGACGGAAGCAGCCGCCGCUGAUGGGAGCGGCAUUGAGGUGCACACGUGGUACUAUGAGGGCCGCGGUGGCUGGUGGCAGUACGAUGAGCGGACGUGUGCGGAAAUUGAGAGCGCGUACCUGGCAACGCGCCGGCGCAUUGAGCUGCUCAUCGCUGGUUUCCUCUACGUCGUCGACUUUGACAGCAUGGUACAGACACGGCGUAACGACCCGCACCGCCGCCGCCGCGUCAAGCGUGACCGCGUUGGUAUCCCCGACCGCAAGGGUGUUGCCGGCAUUCGACUCCCACAACCGGAGGUCGUCAUGACGGCACCGCUGUUGCCGUGCGACGCGGAGAUGGACACAGACGAGUUGUCAUCAUUGCCGCCGUCGCGGCGAGUGCAGCUGGACACGGACGAGUUGUCAUCAUUGCCGCCGUUGCGGCGAGUGCAGCUGGACACAGAGUUAGCACCGUGCGGCCUAACGGGUGGCGAGUGCGACGGCACAGGUGUCCGUCGGGAUGCCGGCGCCCCCUACGAUGCAUCGUCGGAGGGAUCAUCGGCGACGGGCAUCGAUGUGAUAGCGGGGGGCGUGCAGGCGAUAAACGUCAACACAGAGAGGGUGCCGGUAUUGAUGUCAUCACGGCGGCGGCGGUCGGCACGGCAACGGUUCCCAGGGAGCGACCGGGUGCGUCUGCUGGACUGUGAUACGCUAAGCUCAUCAGAUGAGGAGAUGCUGUAACGGUGCCGCGCAGACGAAGUCUCUACGACGACGGACUUGAGGAUGGGCUUCAAUUCCUUAGGCAGCUUCAUGUGUUCCCCACCCCACCACCUUACCACUAAUUACAAUCUCUCACAUCUACUCCCAAAUCAUCACCACUGCCACCAUCAGCCUACCGCCCUUCACCCAUUACGACCCCUUACCUCCCCCACCACUACCCUACCAUCCUUAAACCAGAAUAGUAACAUUACUGCCCUUCAACCAUAAUAGCUUUUUACAUCCCCCACCACCACCACCUCCUCUACGACAGCCCAACUGACCUCCACCCAUCACGAUCCCCUACCUCGCCCACCACUACCCUAUAGCCGUCCCAUCAUAAUGGCCUCCUAGCUCCCCUGCGACUAUCCUACCAUCCGCCACCAAUUGCGACCCCACCUCCCCACGACUACCCUACCGUCCGCCACCCAUCACGACCCCACCUCCCCACGACUACCCUACCGUCCGCCACCCAUGGCGAUCCCACCUCCCCACGACUAUCCUACCGUCCGCCACCCAUCGCGACCCCACCUCCCCACGACUAUCCUACCGUCCGCCACCCAUCAUGACCCAUCUUUCCCAUCACUAUCGUGCACCCACAUAGUUUAUGUGCUCUUGAAAGCAUGCAUUGAUUUUAUAGAAACAGGCAGUUUAAAUAAUUGGUGAUUGACAUAAAAUGUGUCUAGAAUAAUUUUUUGCUAUGCUUGGGCAUAGCGUGUACAUAUCUAAAUGUUAUGAAUGUAUUUUGCAUGUAUUUAGUAGUGCAGAAACAUUGCACCUAAAUGCAAACAAUAUCACUAAACACUAAUUAAUGUAGUCUGCAAGCGAAAGCAGCAUUUGUGAGCAUUUAUUUGGGAAACACCUUUUAGCUAGAUACAAAUUCUAGAUUGGCAUAAUGGCGAUAGGCAAAAUACCUAUUUAGGUGACGAUAGUAGGUUGCAGGUAAGCGGUAUUUAUAUAUAUGUACUAUGAAUUUAUUAUCCCUUUCUUUACAUUUAUCUAUUUUUGUUAUCAUACCUGCUAUGUAUAUGUGGGUAUAAUUGUUUGCAAUGCAGAUGUAAAGCGCCUCACCACAAGUUAUCUUGGCAAGUCACUGCAUUCCUCUUCUCGCAGUCCAUGGCUUUUGUUUAGUCUUUGUCUUGACUGCAUCUCUGUGCGCACACAUGUGCCAGCAUGCUCAUGCACUAAAAGAUUCGGCGUGGAGCUAUGUAUUUUUUUAUUGUACAGUGUAUUGCACUUCCGUUGUUAGUCGUUUGCUUCAAUGCCUUUCAUAAUUUUCUCGGUAUCUUAUAUCCCGUACAGACUGCAAAAUUUGAUCCUACAUCAAACUAGCUCAGCCAGGCCUGGGCCAGGCGUGCGCUAAAUCGCAGCGUACAGAGUACAGACACACCGGGCUCAACCGGGCUAAGUUAGGCAAGGGUUGACUGUCCAUGCUCAGUUUAGCUUGUUACGUCACUCAGCAGACAGCAAUGUUAGACGGUUAAACAACGGUAUCACCGAUAGCAUUACUAGGAUUUAUACUGUAUUAUUGUAAUAGCAGAAUAACAAGUGAAGGUGAUUGAAUAGACAGCAGAAGCUGCAGCCGGCGUAUAAUCGAAUCUGGGUAUCCGAUUAUAAUUAAAUUGAGCCAUUUUAUCAGCAAUGGAAGUAUAAACAUGAACAUUCCAUUACAUCCUGGAUAGAUUCUUCUGGCCAAGUUGUAAUUAGACUCUGGUGAAGUGAAGAUCAAAAACAAAGUUGCACACACAAUUUCACAAGCUACUGUGCUUUUAUGCGACCCAAACAAGGCUAUGAGCAUGUAUCGAAAUUUAGCCAGCGCCUAUGGUUGGGCGUCGUACUCAGAAAUAAUUAUUUUUACCGCGGCUGAAAUAAUUUAACUGCAGUAAAAUGAUUGGCGCUUCACCCAAUCAGAGGUCGUGUUACACAUAAUUUAACUGAGGAUAAAUUAUUUUACAGCGGUAGAAAUAAUUAAACUGUGGUUAAAUUAUGACCCUUUUACCCAAUCGGGAGGCCUCGUUACUCCUAAUUUAACCGCGGUUGAAUUAUUCUCUACCGCCAAUAGCAAUAAAUAAUGUGUAACAAGGUUGAUGUUUACUGAUUGGGUAAAAGGGCCAUAAUUUAACCGUGGUUGAAUUAUUUCUACCGCGGAGAAAAAAAUUACAUAUUUCUAAGUGCGAUGGCCACACAAUUUAGCGCGGGUAAUAACCUGGACGGGAUAACUUCACGCUUCGAAGCAGGGCUGGCCCACCUCCAUUCGUGGGGCUAACUUGGUCCGCACUAGCGUGUACAUACUGCAAAAAUUUAGCGCAUGCCUGGCCCGGACUAGUUUGAUGUAUGAUCAAAUUUGCUGUCUACACGGGGUAUUGGUGAGUGAACGCGUGCCUUAGUUCGGUAGUGUAACGCCGUCAUGCAUACGUUGAAUGGUCUUUAAUGGUGAGAGGUUUCGUACAUGGAGUGCACAAGUACAUGAGUAUAGUUAUCUAAAAUUUUAAUCAUACAGUAUAAAUAUUAUUAGAUAUAAGUGUACACAAUAUCCGUUUUUAAUACAGAAAAGCUACCAAGCAACCUGUGCGUAUGGCAAAGCUAUAUGAACAUACAUGGUGACACGCUUAAUUUGCCGCGUUUGCAUUUGGCUGUUAUGCUUCAUUAUAUGAUGCUAAUAUUAUGUUUAC